AUGCAUAACCUCGGGCACAUUGUGCCUUCAGCAAGCCCCGAGGAAGCGCCUUUUGCAGUCCUUUGGCCUUCGGCAGAAUCCCAGAGAACGCGAAUUCAAGAACUUCUUCAUGACAUUGAAAUAGGCUCGAUUCCUUCAGCCCAAACGGACUUUGACAACCUGUUCAAAUCUCUACUUAAAGCAGCAGGGAACUACCGAGGCACGGGUUACUUACCGAUAGAAGGACUGACACGAUACUUGGCACAGGAGAGAAAGUUUGCUAAGACCACCCUACCAUUCUUGGCGAGUGUUGCUCGGCAUUUGCCAGAUCUCUUCCCGCAGGCAAGGCUCCUGGUUCCUGUGGCGGGGCUGAAACACAUGAUGAGAUCGCACCCCUCGGUGCACUUGCGGCGAAUUCAAGUGCUGGGCUUGAUGGCUGCGAGCUUUUUUGGGACUAUCCCUCAUAAUCAGCGAGAGUUGUUGAAAAAGUUUGGCGAUUUGCGCCUUAAUGCUCUAAAUAUGCAUAGCAAGGGAUUUUUCAACAGGGAGCCGAAGCUCAAAGCUCUUUUAACGUAUUUCAGUGAAAUGCAGAAGACCAUGGGCAGCUGCUGGGAGAUGAUGCUAAAGAACAAUGAUUUUACACAGGCAAAAUGCCCAGCCGCCUGUUCGUGUCAAGAAGGUAGGGUUGGAAGUACUUCUCCCGUCGACGAAAUCAUUAGCUUUUACUUGCACACUCCGGAGGCCACAACGUUUGUGGCACCUGGGGGACAAAAGGUACAACGAAGCAGUGUCGAUGUCGACGCGAUUGUUAGUCAACCGCUCCCCCUCUCAGACGCAACUGUAGAUCUUCAUGGAGAUAUAACGAAGAGCGACGGGAAUCUGCAGGUCGACUUUGCAGACAGGUUUCUUGGGGGUCUAAGCAUGUUUGAAGGCCAUAUUGCCCAGGAAGAACUACUUUUUGCCCUGAGACCCGAGCUGCACGCGAUUAUGCUGUUCAAACCGGCCCUUAAAGAUGAUGAGGCAGUUGUUAUUAAAGGGGCGGAGAGUUUUGUAGACUACACAGGUUACGAAAAGACGUUUAAGGUGUUUCCGCCUGAGGUUCCCGUUGGGUCCCAUUGGAGCGUCCACCGUCGCACUCCCCUGGAUUCAAUGGGGCGGCGUGAGACAACUCUAGUUGGUAUUGAUGCCAUCCAAUUUCGCGAUAAAAAAAAACAGUACUCUAUCCAGAGCAUGAAGCGAGAGAUCCUUAAGGCAGCCCUUGGCUUUCAGGGCGACCCGUUUGAAUCUUCAAUUCAUGAGGGAAGGGCUGGCGUCGCGACUGGAAAGUGGGGAUGUGUAAUAUUUAAUGGCGACAACGAACUCAAAACUUUACUACAGUGGAUUGCCCUCAGUGCUGUUGGGCGAACUAUGCACUACAAGGCAUUUGGGGACUCACAGUUGGAGAGCAUGGAGGAAACACUGCUGGCAAUUCGCUCUAGAUUCCCAACUACUAAGGAUCUCUUUGGAGCGAUCGUGGAGUGCAUUCAGCAGAGGGAGGAGAGCCCUGGUGACGAGUGGAGCCUUUGGCAGUCGUUGUUGAAACUAGAAACAAAGAAGCCACAGUGA